GACGCAGUGGUUGAAGACUUUUGUCUUCAGGCUCUGAGGCCUUCGGGCAGCUUGAAAACAUCUGACAGUCGGGUUGCCCACUUACCCGAACAACUUCAGUGCUCAGUACAGCUGAACACAAAAGAGUAGAGAUUAAUGUUUUUGGAACUAAACAGAUUUAAACCUGGCAAUUAAAAAAAACUUGUGAUUUGUGGUCUGUUUCUAUGGUUUGAAUGUCAAGCUCGCUCUGUUCCUAUAUAAACAAAUCGGAUUUUGCAUAAUUUUUGGGGUUUUGUGGAUUGUAAGGUUUGUUCACGAGGUAAAAUGAAUAAAACCAUUCGCAGCGAAGCCAGAAAGUUGAUUUAUAGCGUAUACCGUCGAUGUUUGGCGGAGAAUGAGGCUGGAGAAGCAUUAGUGAACAUACACGAUGUUUAUGAAAGAGUAGCGUUUUAUACUGGUGAGUGGAUACUUAAUUUCUAAUCAUUAUCAUACAUUGCUUAUAUUUCUUGUAAAAAAAGUACUAUUUUAAUAUAAUAGAAUGCCUCCCAAUGUAUAUUUGUUAUUCUUAUAGAGGUUAGAAAGUACUAUUGACAAACGUCACAUGACAUCGGGGUCUGGAUGCUAAUGUUGUUAAAACAUCAGGUUUUGAUACUUUUUUACUAACCCCCGACUCGGUCUCUCCGUGUAAGAGUAUUGUAAAAAUAUGUAAAGUCGGUACAAAUUCCCCAGACAUAAUAAUUUGAAAGUCACUGCUUUUCUGACCAAUAAAAUCAUUUUUCGCAGGAAAAUCUAUAAACACAGUCAGAAGAAUUGCCAAAGAGGGGUCGAUUAACCAGGGUAAAUUUUCCACGCCAGCAAAACAAAGGAAAGGCCGCCCAAAGAAGGAGUUAGACGAUUUUGAUAAGUGUGUGAUCCGACAAAAAAUUCAGCAAUUCUAUACUGUGAAGAAAGAGGUACCAACAAUUGCAAAGUUGUUGGCACUGUUAAAGGAAGAAUAGGAUAUAAUGGCAGCAGAGAACAUUUGCGAAGACUUCUAAAAGAUAUCGGAUUCCAAUACAAAAAAUGUCGCUCAAAUAGACAAGUCUUAAUGGAGACAUCAAAUAUUGCUGCAAAGAGGGAGCUUUACCUGCGACAAAUAAUGGAAAAUAGAAGUCUACCACCGGAAUUGCAAAAGGACGUAAUUUAUUUAGAUGAGAGUUACAUCCACGCUACAUACAAGUUAAAAAAAUGUUGGCAAUCUAUUGAUACACAUGGCGUUAUAACCGACAUAUCAAAGGGGAAAAGGUGGAUUAUUGUGCACGCUGGAAAUGAAAAAGGCUUUGUUCCCAAUGCACUCCUUAUAUUUAGCGGCACAAACAAGCAAGAGGACUACCAUUCGGAAAUGAACCGGCACAACUUUACCAAAUGGAUCACUGAGAAGCUGAUACCAAAUCUUAAGGAGCCAACAAUAAUUGUGAUGGACAAUGCUCCUUACCAUUCAGUGGUAAAAAACAAAGCUCCCACAUCGGCCAGUAAAGUGGCGGAAAUCAAAUUAUGGCUGCUGGAAAACAAUAUUCCAUUCGACCCAGCCACUAGAAAACCUUUACUCCUAGCUCUUGUUAAGAAACACAAGCCGACUCCUAUAUACGAAAUAGACGAAUUGUUAGGAGAACAUGGCCAUAUCGUUAUGCGUUUGCCACCCUACCACUGCGACUUAAACCCCAUUGAACUGAUAUGGGGACAAGCAAAAAAAGCGGUGGCCUCUUUAAAUGUAGGAGGAGGCAAAAAUAUAAAAGAGCUCACUGAGCAAGCUUUUGAAGCAAUCACUACGGAAGACUGGAAAAACUGCUGCGAGCAUGUUAAAAAAAUUGAAAAAGAGUACUACGAUCGAGGAAGCGUACUUUAUGAGAAUAUUGAUGACUUGGUGAUAAGGGUUGGUAGUGAAAGUAGUGAUGAAAGUGACUCAGAGGAAGAUAGUGAUUAAGAAAAUUUUGUCAGUGUGGAUCAAUGAUUUCAAAAGGAAGGAUACGCCCUCCAGAACAUUUUACUUUACUCAAACCUUCUUCAUACAAGCAAAAUAACUGUCAUCUUUCAUAAUUUGUUUGAACUAUAUGUCAAUGGCGUGGAUUAUUUAGAUUUCGUCUUACUUUGUGAAGAUGAAUUCCUUCACCCCUUAUCACCGCCGCUCGCGCCACCGGCCAUCGGUGCCCGGGUAUUGAAUCGGCACCAAACCGUAUUCCCGGCUAGAUCACGCUUGCUUUCGCCCCUUCGGAAAUUUGUUAUUUUUGCCUUUUUUCAAGAGGUCAAAAUUAAUUUUUUUUUUUGGAAAGUUUUUAGGAUUUUGAUCAAAAUAUAUACUUUUAAUGUAAGUAGAAAUGUACUUACAUCAAAGUCUAUAUAUUAAAGUAUUAAUUGCAGUAAAAAUAUAAAUUCCCAUAGGUACUAAUAUUUUGUUGUGAAUUUGGGCCAAUGUUUUUGACUUGGGUCGUAGGGGCAGUUUUGUUUUUUUUGGAUGUUUUACAUAAUCAUUAAUAUUUUCAUUUUCUACAAGCAAAAUGGUUCGAAACUAUAAAAAAGCGAUGUAUUAACUAAACUGCCUCAACCUGAAGGGCUAGUACAGCGGAGCCUCAAGAGCGAGAGCGACUGAGAACUCUUGUCACGUCUUAAUAGCGCCCCAUGCUACAUGGCCUGUUGUUGCUCCGGAUACCUCACGUACAAUGUUGAUGAUCUCUUUCACAUUCGAUUUCAGCAAGUUCAAAUUAGGAAAGGUUUCAUAUAUGAUUUUAUUUUAAUUUAUUUUCCGAUUCGUUCCUGUUCCCUUUUUUAUUAUCGAAAGUUCCUAUUA